GAGGCGGGGUUAAACCUCACAAUCACUUACCAUUGUCAUUCAGCUGCUGCAUGGUGAAAACAUAGCUUUUCUGCUUCCUGACUGAAACACCUUUUCUGACAGCCUAGUGAUGUCAUCCUCAACCCCACUUCUGUCUAAGGAGUUGUUCCAGUGCUCAGUUUGUCUAGAUGUUUUCACCCAUCCUGUGUCGCUCCCAUGUGGCCAUACGUUUUGCCAGUCAUGUAUCCUUGCACAGUGGACAGCAUCUGGCUCCUCCCAUUGCCCCAAAUGCUCCACAGUUUUCCAGGAAACACCAGAGCUCCGCGAAAAUUCUUUUGCCCGUGAGAUGGCCGAGCAAAUCCGCAAGCAGAAGGGUCAGAGGUCGUCAGAGUAUCGUCCAGUUGCAUCAGACAACGUUUUAUGUGACAUGUGCCCAUUAGAGAAAGCGUCCCGUGCUGUAAAAUCAUGCCUGGUGUGUGUGGCAUCAUACUGUGAGGUUCAUGUGACUUCCCACACCUCCAGGUUCACCAAGCACACGCUGGUGCAGCCGCAGCGGAUGGACAAGCGAAUCUGCAGGAUACACGAAAGACCCUUGGAGCUUUACUGCAGAUAUGACCAGUCUGCUGUUUGUGUGCUGUGCAUGAAUACAGAACACAGCACACACCACACAAUACCAGUGGAGAGAGAAUGGGCAGAGAGAAAGACUCAGUUAUUAAAGACACAGUCUGACCUGAAGCGGAUGAUUAUGGAGAGAUGGAGUAAAGUUGAGGAACUCAGACACUCUAUGAAACUUAAUAAAGAGAACACAGAAAGGGAGAUGGCAUACAGUGUUGAGGUCUUCACUGCCCUGCAGCAGUUUAUUGAGAAGAGCCAGUCUAAGCUGCUCAGGACAAUGAAACACACGCAGAAAACUGAAGAGAAACGUGUAGGGAGCCUCAUUAAAGAGCUGGAGAUGGAGAUCGCUAAACUGAACGCUAGAAACUCUGAACUGGAAAAGCUGUCAUGUUCUGAAGACCACCUCCUCCUUAUACAGGCUUUCCGUAGCCCAAGUGAGGUGCCUCAGUGUAAAAGUUGGACUCAGGUCAGUGUGCACACCCAUCAGGGUCUGGAGGUGCUCAGAGAAACCCUGAAUGCUGCAGAAGAACUACUGAAAACACAAAUAUACACUGUCACAAAGAGAGAACUUGAGGCAAUAUCCGAGUAUGCAGUGGAUAUGACCCUUGACCCUGACACAGCAAACCCCUGGUUGGUGGUGUCUGCAGACAGAAAGUGUGUGACUGACGGCAAUGAAGAACGCAGCGUUCCAAACAAUGCCGAACGUUUUGACACAGCACCAUGUGUCCUGUCCAGAGAGCCCAUCUCAAGGGGAAGGACUUAUUGGGAAGUUGGAGUCUCAGAUAAGACAGCAUGGGACUUGGGAGUGGCCAGGAGAUCUGUCAACAGGAAGGGUUUGGUGACACUGAGCCCACAGGAUGGUUACUGGGCAGUUUGUCUGAGAGGGGGCAGCGAAUACAGGGCCUGUGAUCGUGAAUCAGUGCUUCUGUCACUAAAAACUCUUCCACAGAGAAUUGGUAUAUAUGUGGAUUAUGAAAAAGGUCAAGUAUCAUUUUACGAUACGAGUGCAUGCACACAUAUCUACUCAUUCACUGGACAGUGCUUUACCGAGAGCCUACUGGCUUACUUCAACCCUGACAUGAAUGACACAGGAAAUAACAAUGCCCCACUGGUUAUACAACCUGUCAGUACUGAUAAUGGGGAUCAGACAUACGAUAUUGUAACAAUAUGAAGAAUGACAAUCAAUAAAAAUAGAAAUGUAACAGAGCAAACAUUGUCAGAUUUGAUGUAGCGUGAUGAUAAUUGUUAUUCUAUUUAAACAUGCUUAUUGAUUUUUGCUGAAUGAACUAUAUAUCCAGUUAGUUAAACGAUUCAAUGAGAGCACAAACCAUUGUUUUUAUUUUUCCAGAUUUGAUUUAAUGUGACAUUUGUGAUUCAUAGAUAAAUAAAGUUUUCCAAUCACUUGUAA